UUUGACUAUUUUGCUGUAAACAACAAAUAAAAAUUCCCAAUGAAUGUCUCAACGAAAAGAUUGACACAUUUCUUCCCACUUCGGUUAAAAAACUAAAACCAAAGGAAAAAAAAAAUAAUGAAAACAAAAAACAAAAACCCUCGAAGGUUUAAUACGACUGGGUGCAGACCAGGGGUCUCUCAAACUACUAUUUAUGUAUGGUUCUUUACAAGCCUUCACACUUGUUGCAAAUCGUUCAGGGUGAUAAAUUACUUGAAUCUCUUUUUCAAUCACUAGUCCCUCCAGCGAAAAGUGAAAAAGAAUAACAAUCUCGGUGUUUGGCGUGGCCAUGCAGGUAACCUUUCAAUCUGUGAAAGCAACAACAUAAGCUUUUAAGUAAAAGGAAAUAAGAUUCAGUAAUUAGAAACAAUAUAAAGAUAAUAAAGAUUU